AGUACGAUGAUUCACAUGCCCGGAUUAUGGUUUCGGAAAUCUUGCAAGAGGACGCUGAAAUCCCAGUCCCAAUUGAAGAGUGCAGAUAUGUUAGGGACGUAUACCAGAUGUUCCUUCCUUGGCCUAAACACUUAAUUUUAACAACCGAGGGUCCACUCGCUCAACCGCCCUCAAGACGUGAUGCGUCAAAGGGGAAAGCUCUGAUGCUUUCUCCACAAGGCCGUGGUGCACGGGAAGAUAACUUGUUCACGGAAGAGAAGAUGGCGUUGAUCCCUAAUUCGCUAAAAUGGAUGAUUCAUGAAUUCCUGAGGCUCAAAGAUAAACGUGAUAUAAUCACAAUUCAUGUCCCCCGAGGAUUCAUUGCACCGCGUACGCAGAUCACGUUAUCUGGAGAGGAUUUGCAGCAGGUUGCUACGUGUGACUACAUCGGCAACCAGGGAAUGCUGUUUGGAAUGAUGUAUACUCUUCUUUAAUCUAAUUAACCUUAUAUCAAAUUAUAGUUAAAUUAUUAUAAGACACUAACAAUUUUUUUGGCAGGCACAUAUGGGAGAGC